UCUUUUUUUCCUCUCUUCCUUUUUCUUUAGCUCCUCGCUCCUCCCCUCUUCUUUCCCUCCGUUCUCUUCUCUGCGAUUCCUCCACAAAUCCCUUUGAUCGACGCUGUUUCCUCUCUCUGAUCGCUGUUUGCCUUCCCUAAUCUUCUCCAUUCUGUUCGAACUCUUGUGGUCUGAGACCUUGGCGCUAAAGAGCUCGCCUUUUGGAUUAGGGGAACGUCCACACCGGUGGAUUUGCCGGAGAAAUGUCUCUGGAGAUGAUCUGGGCUGUGAUCAUUGAGUGCAUUUAGGAGAAAUAAAAGGGUUUUUGGAUCCGCCGGUGCUGGACUUCUGUGGUGGCCGUGCGAUCUCGCUCAGUCCUGUGUCCUGUGAGACAACCCGAGUGUUCCGUAGGUUGAGCCGGGGAUAGGAGUGUGCGUUGAUGAGGAUUGUCUGUUGGAGGGAGGGGAAGGUUGCCGCUUCACCAUGUACUUCGCCAAGCUUGACGAUUCUCCUAUGUUUCGGGAGCAGAUUCAAUCACUUGAAGAAAGUGCAGAAUCAUUAAGAGACAGGUGUCUAAAGUUUUAUAAAGGCUGUCACAAGUACACAGAAGGACUUGGAGAAGCAUAUGAUGGAGAUAUAGCUUUUGCAAGCUCCCUAGAAACUUUUGGAGGAGGGCAUAAUGACCCAAUCAGUGUUGCUUUUGGAGGACCUGUCAUGACCAAAUUUACAAUUGCUUUGAGAGAAAUAGGAACCUACAAAGAAGUUCUACGUUCCCAGGUUGAGCACAUCUUAAAUGACAGACUGUUGCAAUUUGUAGAAAUAGAUUUGCAUGAGGUCAAGGAUACCCGCAAGCAUUUUGACAAAGCUAGCCUUCUGUAUGACCAGGCCCGUGAGAAGUAUCUUUCGUUAAAGAAAGGCACAAAGGCAGACAUAGUCACUGUCUUGGAGGAUGAGCUCUAUAGUGCAAGAUCUUCAUUUGAGCAGACCCGUUUUAAUCUGGUUACUGCUCUUUCUAACAUUGAGGCUAAAAAGAGAUUCGAGUUUUUGGAAGCUGUUAGUGGAACAAUGGAUGCCCAUCUUCGUUAUUUCAAACAAGGAUAUGAAUUGCUGCAUCAGAUGGAGCCAUAUAUUCACCAGGUUCUGACUUAUGCACAACAAUCAAGGGAACGAUCUAACUAUGAGCAAGCAGCUCUAAUAGAGAGGAUGCAAGAGUUCAAAAGACAGAUUGACCGGGAAAGUCGGUGGUCUCCAAAUGGGUCAAAGGAUUCUGCUAAUGGAGAUGGUAUACAGGCUAUUGGCAGAAGUUCUCAUAAGAUGAUUGAGACAGUGAUGCAAUCAUCUGCUAAGGGAAAGGUUCAAACAAUUCGUCAAGGUUAUCUAUCCAAGCGAUCAUCAAAUUUGAGAGGUGAUUGGAAGAGAAGAUUCUUUGUUCUUGAUAGUCAAGGAAUGCUGUACUAUUACCGCAAGCAGUGGAGCAGACCUUCUGGAAGUAUCCAUUCUAGUGAAAAGGGUCACUUCGAACAUGGUUCUGGAUUGCUGAGCCGGUGGUUCUCUUCUCAUUAUCAUGGUGGUGUCCAUGAUGAGAAUUCCGUUGCACGUCAUACUGUAAAUUUGCUGACAUCAACAAUAAAAAUUGAUGCAGACCAGUCAGAUUUGCGUUUUUGUUUCAGAAUUAUUUCUCCAUCAAAGACCUACACUUUGCAGGCAGAGAGUGCAAUGGAUCAGAUGGAUUGGAUUGAAAAAAUAACUGGGGUUAUCGCAUCUCUUCUAAGUUCUCAGUCACCUGAACAGCAACUCCUCACUAGCCCUACGGGUAGAGGUCAUCAUCAUGCAGCUAGUGAAAGCAGCUCAUUCAGUAACUCAUCCGAUGCUGAUCACUUAGCAAUUGAUGAAUUAUCAUUGGAGAAAAACUUUGCUAGUGGGAAUUUUGGGCGUUUUGGUAGAAGCUCACAACAUCAUAAGGUCAACUCAAAGCAGGAGAAACCAAUUGAUGUCCUAAGAAAAGUACAUGGUAAUGAUGUAUGUGCUGAAUGUGGUGCUCCUGAACCUGACUGGGCAUCCCUAAACCUUGGGGUGCUUCUCUGCAUUGAGUGUUCUGGGGUUCACCGUAAUCUUGGGGUCCAUAUAUCUAAGGUGAGAUCUCUAACACUUGAUGUGCGAGCAUGGGAGCCUUCUGUUAUAAAUCUAUUUCAAUCAUUGGGUAACACAUUUGCCAACUCCAUCUGGGAAGAACUAUUGUCAUCCAUAAGUAAUGGAAAAUGUGAUGAUACUAGUUCUAUUUUGCUUGAUAAAAAUCAAGAGCACAUGUGUAUUAGCAAGCCCAAGCACUCAGAUCCCAUUUCAGUGAAAGAGAAGUUCAUUCAUGCAAAGUAUGCAGAGAAGGAUUUUGUUUGUAGACGGGAGGUAGAUCAGCUUUCAGUGGCACAACACAUGUGGGAGAGUGUCAGUGCUAAUGACAAGAAAUCAGUGUACCACCACAUUGUGACUUCCAGUGUUGACAUCAAUAUUACAUAUGGACAAACAUUUACAAACUCAGGUGAUUCUUGGCACAAGCCUUACACUACGAGCUCUCUUAGUUCUGCAAGCACAAAUGAGGACAGAAACGAGUUGGAUGAAUGCUUUGAAGGUUUUUCCCUACUUCACUUGGCUUGCUGGACAGCAGAUAUUGGAAUGAUAGAGCUUCUCUUACAAUACGGUGCAAAUUUAAAUUCUACUGACUCGAGGAGAAGGACACCGCUUCACCAAUGUAUUCUCAAAGGCAGACAUUUAUUUGCUAAACUACUAAUUUCCAGGGGGGCAGACCCACAUGCCACUGACGAGGAUGGUAAGAGUCCCAUACAGUAUGCAAUAGAAAGUGGCGACAUUGACUAUGAAGACAUUAUAUUUUUGUCCUAGAGGAUCCAAUGGAUAGUUGAGGAGCUAAUGGGAUGAGCUUUUUGGGUUAUUGGCAUCAUCAAAAUUUGUCUGCAGAUGAACUAUUGCCCAAACUUGUUGAUUCCUGCUUUCCAAGUUUCAACCAAUGAUUUUGGCAGCAUCAUAUAUGUUCUGGGGCUUGUAUAGUGCAAAAUGUGUCUGCCUUUUUAUUUUUUGCUUGGUCUUGAAUGCAUUCACAUGCAGUUUGAGUUAUGUAAAAAUCAUGCUUUUUGAUCAUCGUAUCACUUGUUUCUUGGUUCAUCUUGAUCAA